AUCAGUGGUGCUCGCGCACAACGCAAGUCGACGACGACGAUCUUGUUCUUCGCGCUUGCGUAUACUUGUGUGCAUACACACACAAGUAAUGGAGCACAUAUAAGCAUAUAAGCAUAUAUACGAUCCAACUUGCCUAAAGCAGCGAAAAUCGUAAAAUUUAGCCCAACGGAAAACGAGUCUGUACACGAAAAAGACAAGACAGACCACCACGGGCAGUCGAGUACACAACUAAGAAAGAGCAUAGGUGGCGCACGCUCCUCACUACUCGCGACUGUACCUACGCAAACGGCAACGGUUAACGAAAAGGCGAGCAGUCAGCAGUGCUACUUAGUGUUGUAUCUUGGGAUAAUUUUCUGCUUUUUGCAGGAGCCACCUGAAGUGCUCGCUCGCGUUCGAGCUUUGUGAGUGAUCGACAGAACGGAGGAAGCGCGAGCGAAAGAGAGAGAGAGAGAGAAAGCUACGGCGAAGACGACGACGCAAGGUUGCUCUCUCGUCGUCCGCGACUAGUGUCUGUGUGUGCGUCGGAGACGGCGAGUGUCUUUUGCAAGGCACGUCACGCUUGUUUGCUGCAACAGUGAUUCGGCACCGCUAAGAGGCUUCCACAAAGAGCAUCUCCUAUCAAAGGCAGCAUGUCGAACAAACCAGAGCAGAUCCUCAUCAUCGAGCCUCAAAAUGAGCUGCGAUUCCGGGGUCCUUUCACAGGAGCUCCAAUUGCUUCGUACAUGAAACUUACAAAUCCCACAAGUAAUCAAAAAGUAUAUUUUAAGAUAAAGACUACUGCUCCAAAGAAAUACUGUGUGAGACCAAAUUCUGGUCUCAUAAAACCAAAAGAAAUUUGUGAAAUAGCAGUUUGUUUACAACCAUAUGACUUCGAUCCAAAUGAAAAAAGCAAACACAAGUUUAUGGUACAGACUUUAGUUGCUCCAAAUGAUGAUCCAGAUGAAGAUUCAACAGAAAUUUGGAAGGAUGUGAAUCCUGAGCAGUUAAUGGAUACAAAACUUAAAUGUGUUUUUGAAAAUCCUGUUAGCAGUACUACUACAACUAAAGCUAAAGCAACUACUACAACGAGCAAAUCAGAUUCUAAUUCCAUUGAUGGUAAAACUAAGGCUGCUGGAGAUCUCAAAUCAUCACCAAAGCUCAAUGAUGAAACUGAUAAAAUAUUACUGAAAGCAGCACAAGAAGUUAGUCAACUCAGGGUAGAAGAAAGUACUCUGAGGCAGGAAAAUCUUCAGUUGAAGGAGGAAAUAAUGAAAUUGAAGAAUGCAGCACUAAAUAAAGAUGUGAGCUUGGCUUUAAUGUCUAAUUUAAAUUCAUCUCAAAGUAACCAGCUGCCCAUGUCCACUACCCAUAUAAUUAUUGCUGUCGCCAUGGUUGUAGUCGGUUAUUUUUUGGGAAAACUGAUCUGAAGAGCCUUAGCCUUAUUGUAAUCAACCACCUCUGGCACGCCAUUCCCUUUUCCUCUCCCUACUUUUCUUAGUCUAUCCUUCCUGCCACUUGGCUGAUGCCAUGACAGUUACUGUGAACUGCGAAGAGAGAAAGCAAGAACGUUUUAUCAAGUCAACUAGAGUCACUCAAAUGU